GCCUCGUCUGGUCGUCGUUCUUGUUCAAUAACGUGAAAUACCAACCCAUUACGAACUGUUGUCCGUCUUCCUAAGGCCCAAAUAGAGGAUUGCUAAAGCACAGUCCGGGCGUCGACCAAAUUGGCUACAGAGAAGAUCUUUUUCUUUCGUCAGUCCUCCUCGUCGUUUUUAUUUUGCUACAGAGAAAUUUAACCCAUCCGCGGGUUGUUUCUCCGGUCGUUUCUUGGAACCAGCUUCACCUGGUCGCGUCACCCGUGUGCUCGCGCGUUGGUGUGGUAGGUUCUAGUUGCUUUUUCUUCUUUUUCAUCUUCUACAAACCGCACAGAAAGUCUACUGGUCUCUGUCAAAGCACGAGCCGGUAGUAUUUUGGAGGGCUAUCUGGUAGCUACCGACACGAAACCGCAAGAAGGACCGGAAAGAGAGCCAGGUCACUAGUUGUGUCGCACAACGCCCCGCUAUUCAGCGAUACACUGUCAUCAUGAUUCAGGACGCAGUCUCGCAGAUUUUCGGCGACUGUACCUGGUUGAUUCUGCUGGUAGUGAACCUCCUCCUGUUCUACAAGUUCCUGGCCUCCUGGACCGGGUAUGUGUUGUCGCCGGGCGACCCACCCGCAUCGUUUCUAUCACCGACUGCGGUGGUGCCCAGGGUUGGAAAAAAGGUAAUUUUGUUUCAAUGCACAAGGACAAGUUGCAUGACAGCGUAGUACUCGUGCAUGAGCAGACGAGUCGUGUAGUUGACUCGUCUUCUUGUUUGGUUUUAGUACUACAACCAGGGCAAGAACAUAAGCGCGAUCACAUUCACUUUCAGAGAUGAAAACAAUUCCACAGGCCCCGCAACCAAAACACGUGGGGUUGAUCAUCGCCCAUCCGGAUGACGAGGUGAUGUUCUUUCUCCCCACUAUCAUCCGUUUGCUGGAAACGAAUCACGUGAUUCACUUGUACAGUGUCACCAAUGGGAAUUUCGACGGUCUCGGCCCCGUCCGGGAGAAGGAGCUGCGGCAAUCGUGUAAGUACCUCCACCUCGCCUCCUGCACGAUCGGGGACUUCGCAGAUGGCUCCGUGGGGAAAACGGCGAGUGAUAAGUUGCAGUUGGUCAACAGCGUCAAGAAGUUCGCGGCCGGGAAGAAACUCGAUUUGCUGCUCACCUUCGACCAAUUCGGUGUUUCCUCGCACCCGGACCACAUUGCCUGUUGUCGUGCCGUGGAGGCGUUGCUGACGACGGGGCCGGUCGGAACGGUCAAGCACUACGGGUUCCUGCAAACCGUGCCGAUUUGGCGGAAGUACGCUGGGUGGCUGGAAUACUACGUGGUGGAAAAUUGUGACAAGCUACGGGCGCUGGCAGGUAAAGACAUGAGAAAACUUCUUGUGCAGGAGUUUGAUAUCCGUAGCUACGGCUAGUGUUGUUGAUUGCUCAAUCAGAAUUAGAACAUUUUGAGUCUCUGGCAGUUUUUGCGCCUCGGCCUCCACUUGGAAAAAAACCUCCUAAACAGGUGACCACGAACAGCCUGGUUCCCUUGCGAAAGUGGCUGCCGUGAACAGUAAAAAUGCGAACAAACACAAGCUACAACUCGACAGCCCUUUGUUCUGCGGUGCUGGAAGCAGCUUCGGUCAGCAAGUCUCCCUCACGCUCCCGAUUUCUCAGCAACUGACGGAAGCGGCUUUGCAAGUCUACUCACGAUUCGAUUACCCGUCCACGUUCAUCAAGUUUCUCGCUGUCCACAAGUCCCAGCUGGUCUGGUUUCGCUACCUGUAUUGCUGUUUCUCCAGUUAUUUUCUGGUGAACAAGGUGGCCUGGGUUGACGCGGAAACCGUGCAGAAGUCACUGAAGGCACCGCCGCUCGGUGACACUUCCGGAACUACGAGCCUAACAACGUCUUCAAACAAUAGCGGCAAACAAGGGCGUCGUGGGGGCUCGACGACUUCUACUUCGACUGCGAAAAACAGCAAGCGUUCGAACUCGAAAGUGGGCUCCGGCUCAUCUACUUCGGGUACUACUAAGAAUGGCAGCACAAUUGGCCGCGUGACGAGCCAGAUUAACGCCGUCGCUUCAUCUCUUGCCGGAGACGGUGCAUCAAAGCAGGCGGUGUCGUCCGGGACUGUGGGCGGCGCACCAGUGUUUCAGGAGGACAACCAGGAGCAGAACUGCAAUGCGGCGCAGAACAGCUCGAUCGGAAAUAAAAAGAAGGAAAACAACAUGGACAAUAAAUGCGAUGGUGACCACGGGAAACCAAAAAACGAAUCACCUAACCAAGAAGAAAGACUGCCCGCUAACGUCGGGGGCGAGAAAACGGGGUCGACGUGCGAAUUUUCCGCUACUGGCGAAGGAAAUGUUGCCUCUGCUGCAGAUCAUGCUUCUGCUCAGCCAGCAGCAACUCCUGGUGCGGCCGCUGCUGCUGUUCCGCAAUACAGCAAUAUCGUGAAUGAUAUCAACGAAUACGAGCACGACAGCUCGCUGCAGUACGACUCCAGCACCGACAACACCGACGACAGCACCACGGACAUGCCGGACACCGAUACCAGUUGCCUCACCACGACCACUAUGGCGUUCUCAAAUGUUACACUCUCAACUGUUAAAUGAACUUGCGAUGCAAAAUUGGGAGAAGGGAAAGGGGGAAGGUUGCACCUGUAGCAUUACAAAUUCGGCACAGAUUUAGGCGCGGUUUAGCCCUUCGCAAGUUUGUCAUGCGGAGCAGCUUGAUCGUGAGGAUGAUGAUGCUGCUUUUGCAUGACAAAUCGUGUUACAGUUGAGAACGUAACAGUUGAGAAAGCCAUAACCACCACCAACACCUUCGGCCUCACCCCGGCGUCCUGCCACAAUCGCACCAAAAGGCUCUCGACUUCCACCGCUGGGCCACUGCUGCACGCGAUGAACAGUAAUUUUUAUGCCUCGUCGCCGGAAAAAGAGAAGCAGGGAACUACUACACAGACUGGUGGUACUCCUACGAAGCAUUGUUCAUCUGCGGAAGAUGUUUUACAGGACCUCGAAGCGACCCCGGCCCACCAGCCGGACGUCAGUACGCACGCGGUGAUGCCCGCGGCCCGAUCGAGAACCUCCUCGAAGCAACAACCGGAAUUCGACGACGUUGACACAACGAUGGCUACGACAGCGGACAAGACGGGGAGUAAGCAUGUAUUGUUGAACAAAGACGGCGAAGUACAAGACCAAAAUGGUCGUGGUCCGAGUGGUCCUCUGGUCAACGGGGAUGGUCAAGAUACCAGCACUGUGGAAACUGAAACUUUGCAGUCGCAGGAGAAAAAGAAGGCGUCUCCGCGGCGGGAGCAGAUCCAGAAAGAGAAGUUUGGUGACGUUUCUUCGAUCCACGAAAAUUCUCUGAUUGACCUGGUCGAGCAUUUGACCGAAGACGUGUCGCCGAUCCUUGACGUGGCAGGAGCUCCCGUGGCCGUCGUCAUGCCUUCUUGUUCUGCUGAUCUGCAGGGCGGGGUUAUAAUCGGAGGUGUUGCGAACAAAAAGGAUCUCGAUCGAGUCGCGGAGGAGCAAGAUGAUGAAGAACAGCAAAUAACCGGUACUACUAGUUGUAGCAGAACCGCAAGCCGCACCAAUCAACAAGUCCACACGACGAUGAACAAAAAGUUGAGCGGUAAAAAGGCGAAAAAGAGUAAGGCUCUGGCUCUGCUGUCCAAACCGACUUCUCUUGUCCCGACAGUCACAUCCGGGAGAUCUUCUUCCACCGUCACCACCACGACCACGAUGAAAAGCACUUCUGAAGACACGGAAGUGGCAGACACUGAAGCUGCAGCGGAAAAGAAAAAGCUUUGCUCCGACAAGUCCUCAGACAAGAAGAACAGUAAGAAGGAGCUGCAAGCAGACGCGUCUUGCUCAGCCAAAGAAGAGGAUCAACAAAACGACGCUCUUACAACCUCGGAGGGCGCUGAUGAUCUCCUAAACAUCAACAUUACGGAAAAUGAACAGCUGCCGGAAGUUGCAGAGGACAACAAAAAUGACAUGGAAAUGCAGAUGGAUGAAAAUGACCGAUUGCUGAGCCGCAAUAACGACGAGAACCCGCUUGAGGAUGGAUCUUGCCUCGAGGAUUUGGAUACCGACAAGAUGAACAGCAGUGUUUCGCGCAUCAAAAAGAUCGCGGACCGCAUCAUGGACGGACCCAAAUUAAAGCUCCCCAUCGAGCGCCGCCGGUCUCCGAUCGAGAAAAAGCACGGGAAAGGUAGCGACGAAUCGGACAUCAAGAAAGGGAUUUUUUCCUCGCUGAAACACUCGCAGUCUUGGACGUUGGAGCCGAUGGCGGAAGUGCUGCCGGGAACGACUUCGCUGGAAGAAAUGAGCGAACUGAAGCUGCCCUCCUGCGGGGGUGGUGGAGGCUACCAGGAUGUGGAGAUGAAAAAACGAACCAACUCGAAGGAGCUUGCUUCUUUGUCCCAAAUGACGAGUAAGUACGGUACCAUCGGCCAGAGCGCCGCCGGCGGGUUGAGUGCAGUUGUUGAUAGCAAGAUCGGUUCCAAGGUGGGAGGUGUCGGUAGUUCCGGAUGUAUUAAACAUGAAGGCUCGUUGGCGGUAACGAAAGCGGCGAAGACGGAUUGUUGGCUGGCCUUAGAGAACAAGAUCGACAACAAAAAAUUCGGGAAAAAAAACAAGGACUUCUGGGCCUACUCCGCAAGCGAAAAUGAGCCCAGUACAUGAUGAUGAUGAAUGCAGUUUGUCUACAAGCGAGGACGUGACUCAUUCUUAUCAAUUAUACCAAACGAAAAAAUGGGCCACAGCCAAAUUUUCAAAAUUUUUCCCGGACGGGCCGGCCCGCAGGCCCGGGGCCGACGGAUUCCCGCGGUGGAAGAGGCGCAUAUCGGUAGGCGGCAAUCGUUGGCAGGCCGCAGCCAAAGCGGCUCUGCGCUAUCCUCUGCAACCCUCGGCCAGGCGGGGCGUUGGGUUAUGGCGCUGCCCGGCUGGGAAAAGCUGCGCCGGCGGGGGGGCCAUGCGAGCUGAUUCUCGGCGUUUUCCCUGCAGAAGCCGCCCACUUCCGAAAAAUCGGCCACAGGACAGAGGGGUGCCACGAAAUUGACUGCCUUGUGCUGCUGUGGCCGAUUUUUCGGAAACCCCUUCCACCGAUGGUAUGGCCGUUUCCGAAAAAUCUGCCACAGCAACGAAGGGCACCCCCUGAAAGCACCCCGUGAAGGGGGGUGCCUUCAGUGAUGCCCAGAUGUCUCUCCUGGAGUUCCGACCGAGAAGCCAGCAAUAGUCUUGCCAUCAGGCAGGUCAGAUGGAGAGUACUUGACUUCAAUAGGUCGCCGAUAUUACCGUGGUGCGACGUCGGAGGUGGAGGCCAUCUGCAGGCCCGCCAACCCGUGAUCCUCGCCCCGGCCUGGGAAAAUACGCACUGGCAGAAGUGCUCCAUCUCGAGAACUCACAUUGGUCAUCUUAAUCGGAAAAACAAAAUUUUGAAAGUUUGGCUGUGGCCCAUUUUUUCGUUUGGUAAAUUACUUAUCUUUAUCAUGGUGUGUGAGUGUGGUGCAAGUCAAAAAACCAAUACAAAAAAUGCAGGUAGCUUUCUCUCCGAGGAGCCGAGCACGCUUCUGUUCGGGAACAGCCCUAUCCCCACUGUGGAAGAGACUUUGUGCUUUGUAGACCGCGAUCCUGCCGAAACCAGCGCUGUGCAGACCCGGAAAUCCGAGGGGCGCAGCGGCCGGCGCCGAGGCUACAUGUCGUUAGAAACUUCGCGCGAAUUGAAGAAAAAGAUGAUGAACCAGGAGGCUGCUGAUGCCCUGGACAACUCGCUGUUGGGAGGAAAUUUGAACAACUCUUUUGCCGCAGCUGCUGCGGGAGUUGCAGCGGGCACGGCUGACGAGAACAACACGACCAAGGGGGCAGCAGGAGCUACAACUAACAGUACAUCAGGAACAAAUAAGGGAACGACCACUGGAGGACCAAACACCUACUCCUGGGCUGACACUACGCUCUCCCCGUCCGACGGGGAGCACGACAACUUCGGCACUGCUAACACCAACACGACCUCCGCUACUGGUAUUUCAUCUUCCAAGAAUAUCUACAAGGCUAAGCCAUGGAUGAACGCAUCGCCUGCAGGGGCUGCUUCUGCUGGCGGUGCAUCUUCCAAUGCGGGUGGAGGCGCUACAGGAGCUGCGAACAAUGCAGGGAGCGGAACCGGCAGCAACAGUUCCAACCACCGAAACAACCUUUCAUCUUCGCAAUACAACAGUACCAAUGACUACGGCUAUAAUCAGCACGGGCAGCCGUACCACGGGCACCAGCUUCAACACGGAAAACGCGGCAUAAUUGGGAACAAUACUUCUGGGUCUGCUUAUUACAACAACCGAAACAAUCACUACGGGAUGAACCACAGCGGUCAACAGCAUCAAGCUCGCGGUCGGGAUCAACACACAUCGAACAGCCGUUACAACAACAACUUCCAGCGCGGCUACGGUCACCACGGUUCCUUUGAAAAGUCUGGCUAUGGGAGCCAGCAAGGCGGGAGGAACAACGGCGCAAGAGGAGCGCCGGCUUGGCCCGGGGCGACACCCAACUCGAUGAACUCGGACCAACACUUCACACUGAUCGACAGCAAAUCGCUCUCUGCGUGCAGCUCCACCGCAGGCACGGUCGGUUUGGGAAUCAAUUGGGACAACGAGACCAACUACCCGCCCGGGAACAUGACCACCUCGAUCAACAACAUCGUGCGGGCCGCGAACGAGGGCAGCUGCAACGAUCUUCUUGGUGUAGUCGGCCCUUUGAGCGCCGGAGCGAUCGGAGGACCUGGUGGGCUAUUAAGUGGAGCCACAGGAGCUCUUUCCACCACUACUGCUGGUGUGACCACGACCACCAGUACCAACGCCUUACAGCAGCAACUUCUCGGCACGGCGACGACACCGGCGACAAACCUGAUGAACGGCUUGGACUCGGUAGUUUCCUCGACUGGAGCUGCAGUUCUUGUGCCAUCCCCAGCAUUCGCGCAUGCGCACUCUUCGCCAGCUAUCGUGCAAGGAGAUCAGCUGCUUGCUGUGCAACAGCAGUUAAUCGAGCUAGACCAAGGCGGUGGAGGCCAAGGGUUACAGCUUUUCACCACGACAAAUAACGGGACAACAAACCACAGGACUUUCAACCAAAGCCAGCUGGGACAGGAUCUGAUGUUUCACACGACGACGUCCAGCAAUAAUUCUUCGAACGGCAUGGAUGGAACUACCAACGUUAUUGAUUUGACGUCCUUGCAACAAAUUCUGCAACGAUCGAGCACCACUGGCAUCGGUGCAACUUCUGGAACCACAACCUGCGCAGCUUCGACGACCACGAACACCGCGAGCUGUAGCAUUCUUGCGGGCAGCAACCAACCGGCGCCGGCGUCGACAACUCUUUUGGCGAACAGCAUCAUGCAAACACCGAAUAACUCCGCUUCCGAGCAGCAGCAGCAGCAGCAGCUUCAGGCGAACAACACGAUCAGCACGGCAUUAGGGUUGGGCAAUACGGGAGCCAGUACCCCCCACGCAGAGCAACCCCAGCAGCUUUCGCAGCAGCAGCUGCAGGAGCUCGCGAGCUUUGCGGCCAGUAUGCCGCCCUUGACCACGAAUCUGCAGCUUGUCGGGGCGGCUGGUGCCACGACUGGAACGAAUGGCCAGCAGGAACAACAACAAACGGCACAAAUCCUGCAACAGAACCUGAAUGGUUGUGCCCAUCAUCUACUGAGUACAACUGGCGGCGAUUUGCUGAGCUCUGUCUCGGCCGACACCUGUGCGAGUUCCGGAAACAAUAAUUGCGUAAUUUCUAACACGACCAGCUGCACGACAGCGACCCAGCAACUCGUUCCGCUUCCUAUGGAGACGAGCCAAUCCUUCGUCGGAACAGCGUCAAACCAAAAUCCUCUUUCGCACUGUCCUUCUCUGCAGUUGAACUUCAAUAAUGGCGGAGCUGGAUCAGGACUGGUGUCUACUUCCAACGGGCACCAGCAAUCUGCAGCCCACAACAACAUGUACAACGCAGUGGAACACCAGCAUCAGCAACAGACAAACCAGGGUAUUAACACCACGACGUCCACGGCCCCCUCGGUCUGCUGGGCGGAAACUCUUGGGCAACUCUCCGGGUCCGAGGUCAACAGCCAUGACCUCGUCCGCCAGCUGAUUUCGCAGCGCCAGCAGCUCGAGCAGCAGCCGUCUGUCUGUGCCGCGGCGCCGCCCCCGGCUGCGCCGCAACCGUUAAUCCCUCUGUUUACGAAUCCGCUGAACCCGACUAAUGCCGUGAUUCCGCCGUUAAACGACAACGCGUUCGCAUCGAGCUCGAAUGCAAAUAUUAACUCCUCUGUUCUUAGUACAGCAUCCGAGGGAGCAGGAGCAGGUAACGAAAAUGUUUCGUCAGUCAGCUUCACGGCUGGUCUCAGGACGAACAACGAGCUCCAUCCUCAUUCUGCGAGUCCCAGGCGCGCAACCAGCACACCGCCUGCGAGAUCCGCGAGCUUCGGCAGUCUACCCCCCUGCAUGGCAUGAUGGUGGAAAACGGAAAACUUCUACACGAUAUAGAUUUAAAUUUUGAUGUGAAUUUCUUUCAAAUGUGAUAUAGGCGCCUCAUGAUUCAUUGGCGAUUUAUUCCAAUAUUGCGUGUGAAAAUAUGGAAAAUUUGAUUUUCCGCCAUUCUCUUUCCCUACUAAUCUUUGGAAAAACCACUAGUACUACCCGUCUUGCACUGGUCAAUUUUGCCUCGGAGAUGGCGGAUCACUCUUCUACCUGCAGGGUGGCAGAAUUCCUGCUGCGCUCGAGCAGAAGCAGAAGGUGAACCGUCGUACUACCGAGAUACGUACAAUUUGUUUCGAAUGAUGUCGUAGUUAAAAAGUUUACCGUGAAAUACAACUACAAAAAAAAUCUAUUAGUACUUCUACAAUUUGUUGACUACGUUUAUCUCGUUUUCUGUUUCCGUUUCGCUCUUAUUCCACCUCCAUCACAUGUUUUGCAAGAUUUGUCGUGUUUGUAUCUCGUCGUCUCUCUUAGUCGUCGCGAUACGAAAACGCUUUUCCGGCGGAAGAAAGAAACUAAAGCCGCAGGAACGAGGUGGUUCCAGUGUGGUUGAUCUUGAUACAUGCUAAGCAGCUGCAGCUCCUCAACAAUGAUGUUGACGUUGUGAGAAAGGUAUAUCUGGAUGUUGACGUCGCUCGCCUUUUAAGAAUAAAGGAACAAUGUAGAGUCGCUGUGGAUUGCUUCCUGGCACUAACGUUAAUCAUGAGAAAUAUUGGUUAUUUUUCGGAAUCAAAACGUGCUACACGACAUGAAAAAUCGUUGUCGCAGCAGGGGGUUGCGUAGCCAGUCCGAAUAGUAGAGGAUGAUGAAAGCUCGUUGUUGUACUGAAAGCUUAUCGACGAAAACAGACAGAAAUACAAGCUGGAAAAGAAAAAAAUAUUUUCGUGCGAGAAGCAAUAGCUGCUUCCUCGCGGAAAUGAAAAUUCUAAGUUUGAUGGAUGAAGGCUGGUGCUGCAACCGUGCCCAGCAGAAGCACCUGUAGCAGCCAGUCUUCGAAAGCUAGUAAACUACAUAGUUGUACUAGCUGACAGAAACAGAAUAAGCAUUGAGCAGAUUGACGGUGCUGUCAUCUUGUGAAAAUGGAGGUGAUGAUGAGUGUUUAUUUUAUUUCACUUUAGCUGUAGGCGCUGGAUAUUUCCUUCAUCUUCAAGCAGAUGCAGUGUCGGGCUGACAGAACGGCGAGUUGAAGAGAAGUAGGAUAACAGGACGGCGAGUAAGCAGAAGCUCAUUCUUGUACUGUUAUCCCUAAAUUUCUUGCGGAGUCUCAGUCAGUACCGAUUUCGAUGUUGUUGCUGUUGAACUUUUCUACCAGUGCUAUCUUGUUGAAUACUUUGCUGUAAGUAUAUGAAAAUCAGAAUGUCAAUGUUGAAAAUUAUCCUUAAUGAACCUUUACCUUUGUUUGAAUCAACAGUUACUACUCACUACGUCAAUUUAGAAGGAAUAGAAAUUUUGCGGUAUUAAGAAUUCCGAAACGUAGCUGGUUGCAAUCCCGCCCCACUACCAGGGGCGAAAAUAGAAAAUGACUUCUGACUGCAAAAAUACAAACGAAACAGUUUGCUUCAGGCUUCACUCUUCUAUCUGAUUCCGUUUAUGUGAGGAUACUGUUGGAUUGUAUGGAAUUGGAGAGCCUUAUGCUUACGAUACCAGUAUCCGUUUCUAAAACUAUUCGAUAGAGAAUAAAAAUGGACGUUGGUGGAGGUUUGAAACAGCUUUCAUCCACUGUGUCCGCUGCUCUAGAUGAACUUCACUUCAAGAAAACAACUUUACUUUCACCUGAGUGGUUUUGUUCAAUCUAGUAUCUUCCUGUUCAGGUUCACGGACUUUUUCAAAAACGAAGGGGAGACUGUCACGAAACAGGUCGUUGUAGUUGUUCAAGUAGAACGCUAACGCAAUCUGCAGUUGUUGCGAAGAUCAAGAACAUCAAACGCAAACACGACGAAAUAUAUGGCUUCUUGAUCGUUGUCCACACUCCCACAAGUUUUUCACUACCAAUUUUCUAUGUAUCUCUUUCGUGCUCUUACUCUUUUGGUUUCCACCAGCAACCAACGCUCCACAUUUUUUAACGUGCUAUUGCCUACUUAC